GGCUUGCUGUACGUGAUUGACAGGGUGUGCUGCGAAUAUUUAUUUCGUGGCCGACACCUUGUCAGUAGAUAUCUCUUGCUUCUCGUAAAGAGUCUCAAAGCACAAAUGCAUGUUGGCUCGGUAGAUAGGGAACGAAUUCUUAUCUGCACCCCUGCUUUUGUUGCAGCUCGCGCGAUGACAGUUGUCAAGUGGUUGGGACGACGAUACAUGUCGCCAUGGCCAUCGUCAUCAGCAUCACCGCCGGCCCGAGAAGUUUAUGCGGAUGUUUGCGUGCGCCCCGGAUCCCGUUGCUUGAAGCACUGCACGUUGUGUAGGGUGUCCCGCUGGCGGCAACGCCGCGGUUCGCGUUGACAUAACGCGCUACUCGAUGCCCCCAUGUUCAUGUACCGGCCUCCUCGCGACAAACUGUCAUUCGUUGCCAAACGCGACGACGUCUGUCCGAUGACAGCGGCCGACGAUGUCCGCCGUCAGGAAAAAGUCGACCGCCGACCCGAAAAGCGUUACCCCUUCACUCUGCGUGACAGAACUUGUCCAGCUGACUCAGCUGGGCAUUCCGCUGGAGCACGUCACAUGGCCGCGUGUCACGGUCACCCCGAGCCAGUGGCUCUGCAUUCGUCACACCAUGACCUGCCGAAAUGCUUCCAGCAGCGCCGACAGGUGCUCAGUGGUGACUGUGUUCAACCCACAGCGAUCUGCGCCGCAGACUUACAAGGUCGAGGCACGCUGUGCCAAGCUGAAUCCAGACAAGCCCCUUUUAGCCAUCACAGACCAGUGGGCGCUGUACCUGUACAGCACGCGCACCAAGAAGCUGCUGCACAAGAGUCGACUGGAACGAGACCUUGUCUACUGGGCCUGGGUCACACCAUCCACACUGGGACUGGUCACACGCGAUGCUGUCUUCCAUUGGGACUGCUCUUCGGCCCCAACAGAGCCGGCGUUCAUGUUUUCACUUCAUGAGCGCAUACGCAACACGGAACUCGUAGGCUACAUCACAGACCCAGGCCUCAAGUGGCUGGCAGUCACUGGACUCUUUCAAGAGGAGCAGGUGGUCUCUGGCCUGGUCCAGCUGUACAGCGUGGACCGGCGAGUGAGCCAGCUGCUGCCCGGCCAGUGUGCGCAGCUGUGCAGGCACCAGUUCCAAGGCCAGGCACAUGCUUCGCAGCUGCUUCUGCUGGCGGACAGGGGACCCGCGGGGCAGCGGCCCGAGGGCCGGCUCCACCUGUCCGAGCUGGGCCCGCCUGCCAGCACGGGUGGCGCCCUACGUGGGCCCAUCGCCGAGACGCUGGAGUUCUUCGACCCCCUCGACAAGUUCGACUUCCCUGUGUGUCUGCAGGUGUCCAGCAGCCAGGGCCUGGUGUACGUGCUGACCAAGUGCGGGGUCGUUCACUUGUGCGACCUGGAGACAGUGACGCCACUCUGUCUGCACGUCGUGUGUCCCGACAUCACUUUCACUGCCUCGAUCACACCCACUUGCGGGCUCAUGGUUGUCUCACGCAAUGGCCAGGUUCUCUUGGUGGAGAUCAAAAAGGCUGCGCUUCUACGGCGCAUCAUAGAGGUGGUGAACAGACCGGCCAUCGCCACUCGACUGCGCCAGACCUUGCCCUGAGUGUGCACCCUGGCUGCCCCGGCACUGCCCAGAGGCAGUGCAAGUGCUGCACUGGGUCAAAGUAAUGCUCUUGUGUUUGUCUAGUCAUCGGGACUGGGUGUGAUGGUCCAUCAGGGUGCUGUGAAGCGUUUAAUGUGUACUUACUCUUUGUGCCACUUGCUUUUCUAGUGCGUGUAAGGUGCAGAGUCUGCCUUAGGUCACGGGCAUGCUCUAUUCUGUUUGUGUACAUAUAACCAGCACUGCACGCAACUUGUGUGUCCAGUUCAACUUCAAAUGAGAGAGCAAACAAAGACUCUGUCUUUGCAACUAGCACCGGUUGCACAGUGUUAAAUUUUUGAGAAAGGUGAUCUUCAAAAGCAAUGUUGUCUUUUAUGUUUGGUCUUUGUUGCUGCUACUUCUGCUAGCUGCUAAAACGUGGUAUGGCUUCUGUACAGUGAAAGACGAAUUUGUGUGCAAACCUUGAAUUCUAAUAGAGUUGCAUGACAGAGAGAAUUUCGCCUUUAAAUGCAGCUGCAUGGCAAUGGGUAUGGCAUUGCCUUGGAAGCCAUGUGUAAGGGGGAAACAAUUCUAGUGUAACCUGCACUUCUGCUUUGUACUUAAAUUUAUUUAAAUUUUAGUGCUCAUUAUGCAUGAAAAAGUAUUUUGAAGGGCCUUGCUUUUGUUGCAUAGGAUUACUGCGAUAAAAUGUGUUUCACGGGGAUUUUGCUUCAUAUUCAUGAUGUAAGGGCAUUGUAAAGGGACCGUUAACUACACUGAACAAUGUGGUGACUCAUUUAAAUGGAAUUGAGCUGCAAUUAACAUUUGAAUGCAUUAAUCACACAAGUGGGUUGUAGGGAGUGCGUGAAACAUUGCAAGUAUGUUGCUGAGGCUUUUCAAAAAACAGCUGUGAUUGAAUGGCUGCGCUGCUUUCACUGGCAGCACUGGCACUGCCCAGCGUUCUGGCUGCUUCUUAAGCCAGACUGCUGGCUAUGCAUCUUCUCGCGUAUAAAGCAGGAGGGCUGUCUAAAAGCAAGGACCAAAGUUUCCGUUUCAUCCUCGUUCAGCAUACAUGGCUGGCUCUCAGUUUUCUGCCCGUGCUUUCCCUUUCAAAACUGCUGCACUUUCUUAAGUCGUGCAGGGUCUGUUUACUAGUGUAGGACCUUGCAUACGAGGUGUUUACUAGUGUGCAAGGUCUGUUUACUAGCAUAGGAGAUGUAGUAAACCAACCCCAUGGGCCUGCCCUGAACACAGAAGUCUUUCUUUGCAAGAAGGCAAACUUUUCGCAUGUUCAAUGAUUUUGUCAAACAUUGAUGUGUCUUCUUUUUAUAUCUAUAUAUAUAUAUUGUUUGUGUUUCGUGCUGUGUUUCAGUCUGAGGAUUUCAUGCUGCAACACUCUGUGCGAAUGUGUUGUGUCAUAAAUGCUUCUAUAAUUGUUUUCACUGGAGCUGCAUUGCAGCAUGCUUGGGAAGUUACACGUUUUCAAGAUUGAAGCAAAAUGACCGCCCUUUCGUUGUUGUACUUACUUUGAUCUAUUGCAUUUCUACUAAAGGGGAGGGGGGAUAUUCUAUAGCAGUCCACCUAGUGAACUGUCCAUUUCGGCCACUGCUGAUUGGCUGGGGCUGCUCGUCUCCCCCUCGCUUGUACAGCUGCAUUCAAUCAGCAGUGGCCGAAAUGGACAGUCCACUAGGUGGACUCCCACAGAAUACCGCCCCAGUAUAUUUUUAGGCUGCUCUACGAAAAUGUUGUGUAGAUAAGGAAGCAGGAUGUAAACAGCUCUUCUGGCGAAACCACUGGCCUCUUCACACCAAAAGUUCACACGAAGUCAACAUUUUAUGGUGCAUUUUGUUUACUAAUAUGUUUGGGUGGAGCUACUCGACUGUUUCAGGGUGGAUAAAAUGCAACUUCAUGUCACCUUUGGCGAUGCAGAAAAAAGUAAAAGUUUCAGGGAAAACUAUGGUGGCACCAUCUGUGGCUGAUACAGCAAAACGCAGUGUGUGCCCUGCCUUGCUGUAGCAGUGGCAGAUAGAGGUGCCAUUGCACAGCCGAGAAAACCUCUCUAGCACAACCACAGAUGAAGCGUGCUUCCGAAUGAUUCUGAAUAAAAGAUCCAAGUACUGCACCCAAGCAUGCUAUUAUGCGGAAUGCAACUCGGAGUGUUUACCUUUGGUGUGAAAUUUGACUGUGAACAAGCCGGUGGUACAGUUUGAGGGAGUGCUUAUAUACUUGUUUCCCUUAUUUAUGCAACAUGCUGUAGACACGUUAAAACAGCUGCAUUUCUUUUCCUCUCUUGUUUUGGAAUCAAGUAACUUUUCUCUCUAUAUGUUAGUAUGUUUACCUUGAUUUACUUUUCUUAUAUAUUUGUACUAUAUAUAUUGUUUUAUGCCACCCUAUGUUUAAAUAUGUGAGCAUGCAAGUUCUGGUUGAGAUGUCAUUGCCUUUUCUAGAAUUGCUGAUCACCUAGGUGUUGCCCUCAACGUCUGUUACUUGUAGGCACCACUGAAGCUUAUGAUGUUGUCAGAGUCUGCCGUUGCGGGCCUUAAUCCAGCAACUUCAUUUUUUCUGUGCUUGGGCUAACUUCGAAUGCGAAGUGACAGUGAAAAAGCUCGGCAGCAUUAAUUCUGUUUUAUUCUGCUAUGCUUUACCAAUUACUAAAGGCAAAGAUGCUAUAUCAGAAAGGCUGCAAGUGUAUAUUUCAUGAAGUUUUCUUUAUGGUGACUGCUUUUUUUAAACACACGACUUCCAUGUUUUUUAGGGCGAUACAAGCAGGAAUGUUCGUCUAACACUUGGCGCCGCAAACUGCACGUCGAGUUAGCAAUACCUGCAGUUCAUUUUCAGCUUUGAGCAUUUUACAGCAAGUAUGUAACACGUCUUUAGUAGCAACGUCCUUUUACGAACACCUCGCGUCAUAUGGUGUUGCCGCGCCUAUGCUAACUCGUGCACCUCUUGGAGGGGGGUCGGACGUAAGCAGACACAUUUUUUAGCCAUGCCGAGCUUUGAGUCAGGCGGGUGCCAGACUUUUGCCUUUAAUGAAAUCGAAUGAAAUGUGAGCCUGUUGCGAGGAGCUGGAACCGCACUGUGGGUGCCAAGUGUUGCCGAUUUCACUGUACUUAAUCUGUGCUAAUUUAGUUAUUGCUGGGUAAUGAUUAGCUGAUACCAUUUCAGAGCGAUUGUGUGGCUUGUCAUGUUUCAUACACUCUCCACUGGCUCACUUGUUUAGUUGCUUGUAAGUGAAAGUUCUUUUUUGUGUGUGCGCGCAGUGUUCCGGAUACUGUAUUUUCUUGAAUUUAAUCUCCACCCCAUUUUUGUUGCUUUGCUGUUUACGACAAAAGUGGGGAUACUGUUUAGAAUUAGAUGUAACUGAAAGACUGUUACUAAGCCCCAGUAACCCGCCGGCAGAUUUUAAGAACAGCUCUUUGUGGGCAGUUCCUGAAACAUCUGAGAAACACUGCAAAGCAGCUGCCUUGCCCCCCCCCCCCUCGCAUGUUGCCUUUGUUGCAAGGUAUCCUGUCUUGGCUGACGAUUUUGUCUUUCAGUUUUGAUGAGCAGUUCAUGGGUCAGUGCUGUGCAUCUUGUUGGCAGUUCGGUCGCUUUGUGCGCUUUGUUUAGUUUUCACCAUGUUGCCCUUUGUUCAUUUACUGGUUGCUUAGCCCUUCAGUGUUGAAGCUUGCUGUAGUGCUGAACGUUAUCAUCUCUCUCACUGUAGACAGGCUUGACUCAGUAAGUUGAGACUGGAUGAAGGGAACACCGUGGGUUGGCUGUGAAGACAACAGGAAGUGCGUCGCAUAGUUUGGCAUUUGCCAGUCAGUCACUUAAUAGUGGGUGACCUGGUAUCUUAAAGGGACACUAAAAGCAAAUACUAAGUUGACGUGGACUGUUUAAAUACCAUUACAGAAACCUCGCAGCGCUUGUUUCGGGCCAAGAAAAGACUUGGUUUACAAUAAACUUGCAUCUGAAAGGUCCGAAUACCUUUUUAAAAAUUAAAUCACCCACUACCCAACCCCUGCAACAGGGAAAGUUGGGUGGUGGGAGGUGACGUUGCAUACGCCAUCACCACUCUUUGCUGCCGUUGGUGGUAAAAUGGUGGCCGACAGACGGAGGUACCGAGCCAGGUCAAGUGGCGUAGACUGUUCGAGCAUUCCGUGAGAUCACAUGGAAGUUGAAUACUCUGCUACUUGCUGUUUGAGCGAGUUUCGCGAGCCAGCAAAACAAGUGCAGCACUAUGCGAUAACGAAACUACUACAACGUGAAAGCGAAAAUGAAACCUUUCGAGCACCUGUGUCGUCAAGGGUAAUUUCAAUGAGUUCUUUUUUCUAAAUAUAAAAUAGAACUGGGCAAGUAGCAUUUUAUUUUGCCUUAUUAUACAAUACAAGGGUGCUUCUUGCAACGAGUGGUUGAGUACUAGGGACAGAAUUUAACUGAGGAGUGCUUUCGUCAUCGGACAAGCACUUAAAUGCCCUGAGGGAGUUUCUAAUUAUGUCCUGCAUUUACCUCAAUUUCAUGAUUAUUAAGCCUCUGUUCGUGGUAAUAUUGACACCUUAAAGAUUCUCGAGCACUAAUCUAUCACUUUAGCUUGACUUAAUAUUUGCCGUUAGUGUCCCUUUAAGCAAGUAUGCAUCCAUUGCAUUAAAACACAUAGGUGCCAGAAUGCAAAGAGUUUGGAAAAAAAAAGUGCUUUCAUCAUGCUUUCUUUUGCCUUAUGGUUGUCUCAGAUGUGCUGUAACUUUUGAUCGGGUUCUUAUGGAAGGAAGCGGUGGUAUCAGUUAAAUGAGAAAUUUGAGCUAGCUGAUAACUUAGAGCAUGUCAUCAUGAUUUACCGGUGUUAGAUACACUUUCAUUUUGCAGAUUUGCUUUUAAGUAAUAUAUCAGCUGUGCUUAGUUAAUUAUAGUGCAGCAGGUACCCUACUGGAUAGCAAUGGGUAUAGACUCCAGAAUAAGCACUGUCAUCACACCCACUUUGCUUGGUGUAUUUUUUAUGAUAUGCUAGUGUCGCUGACUGGCCUUUCACUGCCAAUUUAGUCCACGAGUCUACAUUUGUAUGAGAAUUUAUUUCACUGUGCUAGAAGCUUAUGAUUUAGUCAUUCCUGGAACCAGGUGGGCUCUAUCACCUAUCGACAUCCUGGUGCCAGGCAGACUGUAUUGUCAUUCAUUUUCGUUGUUAUUUAUUUCCUUGUGUUCACCUCUUAUCACUUUCUGUAUUUUUGACACUGUUCGUGUUGAUGGCGCUCUUUGUGUUCCUGUAUUUAAUGUGUAAGCAACUUUCACACCAAAUAAGCCGGAGAGCUGUUGGUGGACCCCUUCAUCUUUGUCAAAGGGGCUGAUGCAUAUUGCGCUUCUUUUUGCGCCAAUACUUCCGUAGCUCUCUGAGAAAUGCGUUGAACUUUUAGUGUACACACAAUGGUCUUGUGCUACGCUAAACCACGUUAUGUUUGAGUGAGGCACAUUAUUGACUACACUGUACUUGGGAGAAGCUGUCACUGAGCACGUGAUUUCUGACAUACCAAGAUAACAACCUCAAUCACCUUUGGCGGCACUUUCGCCACUCUUGCAGCAUGUAACCCUCAGCUUGGUCCCUGUGUCUGGUAGGGCUAUUGUAACCUGUUGUUGGGGUCAUUUCUAUCAUCGAUCCUUUUAAAUAACUUGCCAGUGCAUUGUCAUCACGGUCUGCAGCCUCGUUAAGUUGACCUGCACGACAAAGGUCUUACCCGGAGUUCCACCAUCACCCUCGUCACGCAUGAACCCAACCUGCAUAUUUCGAAGCUUUAUCGCUCUAAUUAUGGUAUGUCAUCAGCUGCAUUUUUCAUCCUCUUGCAACUCCAGUCCAUUACCCUGGCAAGCCACACUUAUCUGCUUGUGACAUUGCAGCGGCCUGCUAAGCUCAGUCUUUUGUUUAACAUCCACAAUGAUUGUGCAGUUUUCUUUUCAAGGAUAGCGGUAAAAUUUCAGUAUUCUUUCAAUUUCUUGCCCUUGAUCCGAAUGCCCUGUGACUACAAAUUGGCCAUUCAUGCAUUCGUGAUUGACACCAUUCAGUAAACAGUAAUUAGCGAAAUUCAAGUUCAUUAAGUAGGUUACUAGCAGUCAUCACCCAGUUUUCUGAUUUGUACCAUUUACUUGAAUUCCAUUCCGCAGAAAUAAUUGCUUUGUGUCAACUUUGCUAUGUUUAAUAAUUGGAGGUACAUGUAUUUGUUGCUUGAACGUCCUGUAUAUCAACGUUUAGGGCUCACGAACGCGCCCAUUUCUUGCUGAGGUCGCAUUCCAUGCUGAACCACUACACGUAUAGGGUGCUUAAAGACUGGUUGGCUGUACUUAACACCCUUCUUUAUUCUCGCAACCUGCUCCCAUGGUAGAGAUCAGGUAUAUUUACUUUGCAGAUGGAAAAUGUAGUGCAUGCUAAUUUCUACACACUGAAAAACACACGCACACAAAAUAAUAAUAAUAAAAAAGAAAGUAAAAAAACAUUACCUGUUUGAGCAAAUCUCUGUUGUUAAACUGCGACCGCGUGGAAUUUUUAUUUAAUCUUAAGAAAAACCCGAAAAAAACAAACGCUCCAGCAUUCUUAUUUAUACCUGAGACACAGACAGUAUUUGUGCUAAUCUAGUUGCAGACCACUGUACUGCUUCACAGAAUCCGGAGAGUCUAAAUUCAUUUUUAUAAUUCCUUUUCCGCAAGGCAUAUCUUUUUUUUUUGCAGUAUGAUUUCUUGCUAGAAAGAUACUGUAAAUUGCUUACACAAUUGUCUUAUGGAGAUUGUAAUUUCCAUGUUGUUUACACAUAGCCUUAAUUUGUGGGAAUGCAGAGAUGCGAUUGGGGGACCUCCCGGAAAGGAAACAAAGCUGCUGACCAUAUAAAAGCCAGUUUCUUAUGCUCUGGAAUAGCAUGCUUGAAACUCGCUUUGUGCAGAAAGCUGAUGCAUCUCAGCAUUGUUGUAGAACUUUUCUCUGUAAGAAAAAGUCUAAAUGAAAUACUGUAACUAGCUGGGCCAGUUGGUCUUGCAUCAUUUUUGUGUCAAGUGCGAACGUUUAACAGAAGCACACUCGUGUCUUCUUGUUUCUGUGUUUCUGAAGAACUUUCGUUAAACUUCAAGCGUGAAUUGUACUUCCUGUUUGCUGCUACUGUUUUGCCCGCUAUUUGCACUUGUCAGAGCUCCCUGCGGGCUAACAGCUCCUCAUAGAUAUAGAUAAAAGUUGUGUAUUCACAGACUCUUUGAUGGCUGCCAACUCUUUUGAUACCCUGUCUCUGCUUUGGAACAUGUGCGUUCCAUUAGAAAGCAGUCACUCAGUGAAUGUCUGCUGUCUCUGCUUAGGAGUUUAUCCAUAGUUUACCCUGUGUCGAGCUACCUCGUGUGGACCACACUGCUUUUAAAGGGCCCCUAAGCCACCCCUGCCAUUUUGAAUAUGUUGUAAAUAAGCAUGCACAUUGUGCACGGAAUGCCACGGUGAUCAUUCGAUGAACAUGGAAGCACUGUAUGCUGUGGGCAAUCCACAAACUAAAUAAAAAGAACAAUCCUGUGCUCUUCUUCAGGCUUUUAUGGUCCCUUCACCCGUUGUUAUGCCAAUAGGUCCACACAUGCGAUGGCACCAGGGUUAACUCUCUUGAUUAGUCGGUCAACAAGGGACAAGAGCGCCAGUGUGCUCAGAAAUGGCCUGGUGUUCUGAGAAGGAAAGGGGUUCGGGAUUGCCCAUUGCGUGCCGCUGAUCUUUCCAUGAAGCCUCUGCACAGUAUGUGUCGUGCGUAGGGCGAUGAGCAGCAUACUAUGAAGGAGCCCUUCUUCUGGUUAUCUGUUCUGGUUGGCUGAUGCAACCGCUAGCUUUCACUGCACUGAGCAGAGUUGGUGAGACAGACUACAGAGAGUGCCCGUGGGGAGGGGUAGCAAAGGCGAGCAUGAAACUAUGGUGGCUGCGUAGUCAUUCAUCAGACACCUAUAACUUUGCUAUUACGGCACCAUUUCCAAAACUCCUGCAGCUGUGUGGUCAUUGUAGAAUGGCACACAGCUGCAAUCAUACAACAAAUUUUCAAGAUCAGAGUGGUUUAGGGGCCCUUUAAGGUACCCAGGAUGACUAGGUGUAUUCUGAGGUACCAAGAGUGGCAAGCAGCCGUCAGUGCUUUUAGGAUGUCUUUCUCAAUCUGAGGUUUGUUGUAGCUUUCUGAAUCUGUGGACUGUACCUAAUGCUUUUGAUCUGAAGAAGUCGGGUGUUCAACACAACAUUGGAAGCUGCAUGUGACAAAUGUGUGCUGGGGAUGGCAUUUCUAGUGUCAAUCAAGGAGACUCGGAGAAUUGAGUUUUCACAGGAUACUAACAGCCGCUCUUUAAGCCGCAUUUAGCACGCUUUCAUGACCCAUAUUGUACACAGCAGGUUAUCUCAUCAGUCUCGCUAUAUGUUUCUGUGCUUGCUUUGCAACACUAGAUUGCUUUUGAUUUUACUAGCCCCGACAGCUUAAAAAACAAAGACUGUGUUUAGGAAGGUGCCUGUCAUUGCAUUAAAACUGCUGCGCGCUGGUGGGUUGUACAAUGUGACUAAUAACCAGCAUUUGCAAGGAAAGUUUUCUGGAGAAGCAAACACUGUUAAAACAUUAAGGUGCAUAAAUCUACAAAUGAGCAAGUGCAUGGUCAUUGCACAUGAUAAAGCCUAAUGCAUCCUGGCAGCAUGCUUUCAUUGGUGCCUUCCAAAGUCAGUUUCCAAAACUACAAUGAACUUAUCACAGAUGGUGAUGCCAAGCUUGUAGCAGUCUCUUGGACUGGAAAGAGCUAUAGCCCCUAAAUGGACCACAAUGUUACAUUACAUCUAGUCAGGAAGCACACCUUUUCGUUUGCUAUGCCAGGCAUGUGUCUUUGCCCAGCUUUACAUGCAUUUCCACCACUGUCUAAGCUUGGGCCUAUGUUCAAGGCAGGCAUGGUGUGGGGCGAGAUUUUAUGCAUAAUGACUUUGAGAAUUGAUGCAGGUGAAGACGUGGUGUAACAUAUGCCUGUCAUAUGUGAGGUGUCCCAACUGAUAUGCAGCAAGUUUUAAAAAAAUGAAGUGAAACCUGCUGCAUGGAUGACACUAACCGUGUAUUAGCAACCACUUGAAGAAGUUUCGUGCGCUUAUUGAGCAAUUAGCACUGAUUAAUAAUGUAAGUCUUUGGUUAUUAACUUCAUGGCCACAGUGUCAAUAUGUGGCUUGUGAGGCACACUUAAGAAUGCCACUUUCACUUGUUUACGGUGUGUUACCUUUUGCAUAGCUCUUUCUUUUGCAAUUGAAAGAAUGAUGUUGCGAUGUGCGAGUGGUGGGCUACAUAUGGUUGUAGAGCAUUUUUUGGGCUGUCAUUCAACUUCGAAAAGAAAGAGCUGUGUAAAAGGAAGCAGAUCAUGAAGAACUGAAAAUGGUGUUUUCAAAUGUGCUUUACAAACCAUACAUUGACAUUGUUGUCAUAAUGUUGACAAUCAAACACUUACUUUAUUGAUAGCUAAUAAAUACUUAGUGAGAACACCAAGCAUACUGGAGUCUUCUUCACGAGGUAGCUAAAAUGCAGUUAGUUUCAUCCACACAAAAAGCUUCAUUUCUCUUUAAAACUUGCUCCAUGUUAGCUGUGACACCCGGAACAUGCUGUGACAGAGGACGACAAAGUAGUGUGGUCCCCUCCUCCUCGAUCUUAAGGUUUUCUCUCGGUGCCGUCCCGCUGGAAUAACCUUAUGCUAUCUCGUCCAUAACUGUGCCAAAAUGGUCGUGCCUGCGAGUUGACGUGUCCGUGUUCAUGUCCAGUAAGAGUAGGUUAAGUUUUGUAAUAUCCCCGACACUUGAUUAAACUGUGGAAGACGAUGACAGACACCGCAUAGGUUGUCUUCUUUCACUGUUUAAUAAUGCAUCUAGCCUAAGAAGCUAACUAUUGCUAGCUACCCUUGUUAUGCGGGCAGUUCUGAUCGUCAUUGAACUCUAUCUGUAUUGUAACUUUCCAAGUGCAAUCAAAGCACAAGGAGGAUCAUAGCUUACUGCGAUGAAGCUCAACAGUGCUUGAAAGCGGCCAUGUAGCAGUGCACCAUAUGCACUGAGCUCCAUACACUUCUACUCAAGCAUGCUCGAAAGUGCGUCAAAAAUGUGUGGCCAGGGCUAGAUGCAUCUUGUAACUAUCCAAUAAAACUUAGUCAACCAGUGUGCUUAUAACUAUUCAAUAAGACUUGGCCAACCAAUGUGCUGUUUGAUGCUUUAUCGCCGAAGAAAUAGCGAAAAAAAUGUGAUGGUGUAAAUAUACCCCUUGUCGGUUGACUGCAGUUCAGUUGUAACAUUUACAGUAUUGCAGUUGCAAACAAAUGUGAACUGAAGUGCAGUGUGAUCUGAAUGGGAAACAAACACCAAAACUUCAUGCACUGUGUACAAGUGGGUUGUGUACACAAAUGGCUUGCCUAUUAGUCUGGCAGUUGGCAAUCACAUCUCUCCUUGACUGAAGCAGUGACAACCUCCCUCUCCCUCUUUUUUUAUUUUGGUCUUGGAAGUGUAGUGCUUCAGGCUUAAUGUGUUUGUACUCAUCUUUUGUGGCCUUCAAGAACUGCUCAGUGGAUGGAUUGAUAGAAAGUGUCAAACUAUGACAUAUAUGUUCAGUGUUUGCUGUUACAUGUAUAAAUGGUAAGAGAGCACCUACUAUUUAGGCAUGCCAUUUGUAUGUGCUUCUUUUUUUUUUUCUUCAAUCGUUAUUGAAUGGACAGUGUUUGUGUGUAUACAUAUAUACCUGUGCAGUCGCUUUGAAACUUCUGCCUUGAAGUAUUGCAGCCUGCAUUUGAUACAUCUGUGUACCACCUUUGUAAAAGACAUUUGAUUUGUUAGCAGUCACCAAGCACCUUGACGUGAAAUAAAAGUGUUACCUGCA